ACUUUAUUUUAAUUAGCAACACGUUUUAUGUGUCACUGACCACACCAUGUGGCCGCUUGUAAAAGUGUGACUACUUGUAACACCUUUAAUACCGACCGAAUAAUCCCUAAAACACUGGCCGAAUAAGCUUAGAAAACAUUUACGAAUUAACCCCUAAAAUAUUGAUCGAGUAACAGUUGAAACAAUAAUGAAGUAACCCCUUAUAACACUGACCGAGUAACUCUAAUAACAUUUACUAAGAAACCCCAAUAAGAAUUUGUGUUUAACUAGAAAUCUAAAAAUUUUCAAAAAGAAAAAAAAUUAUAAAAAACUUGAUAAUCACACAAAACAUUGUCCUCUUUCUAUAAUCCUGUACACUUCCCAAGUUACCAACUACCAACCUCCAAUCAAAAAUGGCGGAUUCCAUUGACCCAAAUUCCCACCAAAAACCCCUCCUCGUAAUCAACCGCAUACCCUUCUUCAAAUUCCUCUUCCACCACCGCCUCACACCCACUUUCACCAUCCUAGACCCUAUCACCGCCGUCGGCACCGACUCCUCCGCCGCCCACACCUUCCUCCGCUACAACGCCGCCGCCGCGCGCGCUGUCCUCUGCAUCGGACCUUCUCCCUUGAGAAAGGACACCUUAGAUUGUUUGCCCUCUUUGGAAUGCGUAGUCGCUUCCUCCGCUGGUUAUGAUCAUAUUGAUCUGUCUGAGUGUCGUCGUCGAGGAAUCUCCGUCGCUAAUGUUGGCGACGCUUUUUCGGAUGAUGUUGCUGAUUGUGCUGUUGGGUUGUUGAUUGAUGUGCUUCGUAAGGUCUCCGCUGCUCACCGCUUUGUUCGGGCCGGGUCUUGGCUCGAACAAGGGGUGUUUCCACUUGGGUCUAGAUUAGGUGGAAAGCGAGUAGGCAUAGUCGGUCUUGGAAGCAUUGGUUCUCGGGUUGUAAAGAGACUUAUUCCACUUGGUUGCAGCAUUGCAUACACCUCUAGGCAGAAGAAACCCUCUGUUUCUUUCCCCUACUAUGCCAAUGUCUAUGACUUAGCACUUGACUGUGACAUUCUCAUCCUGUGCUGCUCAUUGACCAAUCAAACUCGCCACUUGAUCAACGAGUAUGUUUUGAAUGCAUUAGGAAAGGAAGGAGUAGUCAUUAACAUCGGCAGAGGGGAUCUAAUCAAUGAGAAAGAACUGGUGCAGUUUCUGGUGGAAGGCAAAAUUGGAGGAGCCGGUCUUGAUGUGUUUCAAAAUGAGCCUAAUGUUCCUAAAGAACUGUUUGGUUUAGAUAAUGUAGUUCUCUCCCCUCAUCAAGCUGUCUUGACUCCAGAUUCCUUCAAGGCUGCAGAAGACAUUUCGAUAGCAAACUUGGAGGCCUUCGUUUCAAACAAGCCCUUAGUUUCUCCUAUAAGAUGGGAUUAGUUGCAGUCAUAUAUUGUACAUUUUGUCAUAAAUUAUUGUAUCAAAUGGUAUUAGCAGCACAGUGAUCAAAAUCUUGAUUUGAAAAUAAAAUGUAUUGGUUCAGGGAUUAGUAAUAUUCUCCCUGCUUUCACAUUGA